AUGUCACUGAUGAUUCCAAAAUUGCUUUUAUCAAGUGCACAUCCAGGUGCAAAAAGUCUUGAUGAACAUCGAUGUAUAAUACGUGCUAUUUAUGAUUGUGGUAUUGAAGUAUUCGUUAAUCUUAUGCGACCAAUAGAUCUUACUCAUUUUACUCCAUACGAACCAGAAAUUCGACAAUAUGCUAUUCUAAGAUUGUUUAUUUUUUAA